ACAUAGCACACACACAAAGCCUAACUAGCUAGCUUCAGCCUCUGCUUACUAGGGUUAGCUAAGAACGAUCUCGGAUCGAUCGACUAGUAGAUAACCAAGUAAUGGAGGGUGGCGGCGGAUGGGGUGAUCAGGCCGGGAAGGAUGGCGGAGGCGAGAGCACCAAGUACCGCGGGGUGCGCCGCCGCCCGUCCGGCAAGUUCGCGGCGGAGAUCCGCGACUCCAGCCGGCAGAGCGUCCGCAAAUGGCUUGGCACCUUCGACACAGCCGAGGAGGCCGCACGGGCCUACGACCGCUCGGCCUACGCCAUGCGCGGCCACCUGGCCGUGCUCAACUUCCCCGCCGAGGCGCGCAACUACGUCCGGGGUGGGUCGUCGUCGUCCCAGCAACAGGUGAUUGAGCUCGAGUGCCUGGAUGAUGCGGUGCUGCAGGACAUGCUCAGGGACGGGGGUGGUGGAAGGAAUAAUUAACACUACCGAAUUUGAGUACUGAACUACUGAUCGUGCGAUCAAUUCAUGCACCAUCACCUGAUCGUAUUUAUGGCUGUGAUGCAAAAUCAUAUAGAUCAUCCAUGAUCGAGCUUCCGAUCCGUGCUUUGCAUGCAUGUAUGUUAAUGUUGGAAUUCCAGUAUUCUUAGGUGUUCAAUGAAACAAUAUAUGAAAGUGAUCGAUCUGAUGUGAGCUGAUCAGGAACCCUGUAUUAAUCUCGUACGUGAUCGUAUAUAUAUCAUCAUGCAAGUUAUGUAA